AUGGAAGGCAACAAGGAGGAGGCUCUGCGCUGUCUUGGCAUUGCCCAGCGCCACCGCGCCGCAUCAAAUCAUGCCGCAGCACUCCGCUUUGCGCGCAAGUCGGUGUCGUUAUACUCGACACCCGAGGGCGAGAAGAUGGUCCUCCUCAUCCAGCAGGAGAUCUCAGUGUCGGGGGCAGCUUCCGGGACAGACUCUGCGUCUGAAGCGAGGAGUCCGCCAACAAGUGGGGCGACCACACCCACGCCACAGGCCAAGUCGAGCGGCGUCGAGGAACAUGUCACGACCGCGCGCCAACGAGCGACAGCCAGCUCGGCCAGCUCGGCCGAGAAGAAGCCAGGAGUAAAGUACACGGUCAAGCAGAUUGAGGUCGUGGCGCGCGUCAAGCGGUGUCGGCAUCAUGCGUACUACGAGAUCUUGGCGGUCGAGAAGACCUGUACAGAGAACGACGUCAAGCGCGCGUACAAGAAGUUGGCGCUCGCGUUGCACCCGGACAAGAACAACGCACCGGGUGCGGACGAGGCGUUCAAGAUGGUCUCAAAGGCGUUCCAGGUGCUCUCUGACAAGGGCCUCCGCGAGGUGUACGACAUGAACCCCACAAUCGACCCGACACAGCGCGGCGGUGGUGGUGGUGGUGGCAGUGGCAUGGCGCGCGGCUUCCCCGGCGGAGGAGGGAUGCGGUUCCAGACCCACCCUGGGUUCCAGCAGGAGAUGAACCCCGAGGACCUGUUCAACAUGUUCUUCGGGGGCGGCGGGAUGGACCAGGGCUUUGGUGGGCCGUUUGGCGGCGGUGCACGAGUAUACACGUUCGGCGGCCCGCGCCGGCGGCCCGGACAGUUCGCCAACGCACGAGGCGAGGACAUGACCCCGAGCUCGCCGCUCAUGGCGUUCCUUCCCGUCCUCCUCCUCGUUGCAUUCGUGCUCUUUUCUCUCCUCCCAUCCUUGUUCGGCGACACGACCCCUGAUCCCGGAUUCACGUUCAGGCCGACGAACCGUUUCAGCGAGGCGCGACACACGACGCCACGUAACGUCAACUACUACGUCAACCCGACCGAGUGGGAAAGUUCGGCAGUGUGGCAAAGCGUUCCCGAGCAAUACCGGCAACGGAAGGACGCCGCACAGUUUAGCUCAAAGCUCAAGAACUUUGAGUUUGACGUCGAGCAGACGCAGAUCCAGCACCUCCAGGCAGAAUGCCGCGCGUUCGACAACGCCCGUCAGCGCAAGAUUGCAGAGGAGGCAGGCGUGUUUGGAUGGGGAGCAGACUACGCCAAGAUCCGCGAGCUGCGCUCACAGACCAAUGCGGCCUGCGAGCAGCUGCGGAAAUGGGGCGUGAGCACACUGGCUUACUAG